AUGAAGGCCAAAAUCUUUGAGCAGAGGGAUGUGGCUUUACCCAGAGUGUCUGCGUAUUUUCAUCAGGAAUCAGUGAAGGAACUAGAGCGGGCAGAGGCAAUGCUGCAGUAUCUGUCCCAGCGCGGAGGAAAAUACUGCAAUAAGAACAUCCAGAGGCCAUGCACUGAAGAGGUGUGUGCCGUCCUUCCUGCUCUGGAGAUGAUGCUUAACCAGUGGAAGGAGGAGAUGAGCGUCAUGCUGGAGCUGAAUCAGCUGGCGCAUGAGUACGGAGAUCCACACACCGCCAGCGUAAUCAAGAGUCAGUUCAUUCAGCCCCUCGUCCCAAAGGUCAAACUCAUCGGUGACCUCUUGACCAGCGCUCUCAGAGUGGGUUGCACCGGUGACAGCACGGGUGGCUUUGGCGAGUACCUCAUCGACCGGCUACAAGAGACCGCUUAGUCUUUCUCUUUGUUAAUCAUUUAGGAACCAUGUUUGCACUGUAAAAAGUGACUAUUCAAAGUAGUAAAAAAAAAACAAAGAUUAUUGGAGUACCUUUUACAA